AUGGGUAUCCACCUUCUACCUGUAACUAAAUUUCUCCCCUCUCUGCUUAAGAAAAAAAAUCAAUCUGUGCCUCCGUCCAAACCAAGACAUUUUAGUUGCUCAUCAAAGUGUAUUUCUCUUUCCUUCCUCAACAACAGCGACUACUUAUUUAAGCUGCUGCUGAUUGGAGAUUCUGGAGUUGGAAAGUCAUGCCUCCUGCUCCGUUUUGCGGACGACACCUAUACAGACAGUUACAUCAGCACCAUUGGGGUGGACUUCAAAAUCCGGACCAUUGAGUUAGAGGGGAGGACCAUUAAGCUGCAAAUCUGGGACACCGCCGGGCAGGAACGCUUUCGGACGAUCACCUCAAGCUAUUACCGAGGAGCACAUGGCAUCAUCAUUGUAUACGACGUGACAGAUCAGGAUUCAUUCAACAACAUGCAUCUCUGGCUGGAGGAAAUCAAUCGCUACGCCAGCGAGAACGUCAACAAGUUGAUCGUGGGAAACAAAAGUGACCUCACCAGCAAGAAAGCGGUGGACUACACCACGGCCAAGGAAUACUCGGACUCCCUCGGGGUGCCCUUCCUAGAGACGAGUGCUAAAAACGCCACCAACGUCGAACAGGCCUUCCUCACCAUGGCGGCAGAGAUCAAGAACCGAGUGAGCAGUGGGCCCACCCAGAACGACAGCCACAAGUCCAAUCUUCACAUCCAGAGUGGCCCAUUGAGGCAAGAAGGACCUGGCCAAGGGGAAGACGGGGGCGGGGGCUGCUGUUAAGGGAGCAGUCACCCGCUGAGGAAUGGAGUGGAAGGCCCAGCGAGUGC